AUGAUAAAAAUUAUAUGGCCAUUAAAAGGUAUUAUAAACAAUAUGGACCUUGAUAAUAAAGAAUCCCUGAUCUCAAAUAACAGCUGGGCUAAUAACGUUCUUCCACCUCCUACUGGUAUAGAAAAUGUUGUCUGAAUUCCAUUUUAUCAGAAUCCAUUUACUGGAGAGCUUUCUCCAGUACUUGCUGACAAAAUAAAUCAAAAAGUGCCCGAAUUAAAUUUAAAUGAUACAUUAUUCCUUAUUCUCCACCCUUUAAGAGUGGGGCAGAUUUUUCUGCUCUUAAAGGGAAGAUAAUGCUUUUUAUAUAAUUCGAUUUUUAAGGAUUCAGGCUGUCUUAAUUAUUAGAGAUCUUGUUUAUAGCAAUUUUUAAUUAUAUUAAAAAUAAUUUAUAUAAAAAAACUAUAUUAAAAUUCUUUGUUACGCUUCAAGAGGAAUUUUUCAGCAUCCAAUAUUUUUAAUGUCUUAAAGGGAGAAGAGUUAGUAAAGGAGGCUCCAGAGAUCUUCUUUGAAAAAUUGAGGAAGAUGAAAUUAUUCGUCACUUUGUCAGUAGAGGAAAUCAGUCCUGGACUUUCAUAGCCAAAUUCAUAAAUAAUCAAAUUUAUGGAGGCAAUCUUUUACGAAAAGGAAAGCACAUAAGAGAGAGAUGGAUCAAUCAUUUAAAUCCUGAAUUAAAAAGUAUGAAGUAUUAUAUUAAUAUGACUAAAACUAUAACGUUGCAUAAUACUUUUUUUGUAGUCAAUAUUCUAAGCCAAUCUAAAAUUCAAUCUAAAAGCAUUUAAAAGAUAAUUUAGAAUGCGAAUGAACCAAAGAAGAAGAUCUGCAACUUUUAGGUUUAGUAGGGAAAUACGGGACGAAAUGAAGCAAAAUUUCCAGGGAAAUGAUUGGGAGAACAGAAAACUCGGUUAAAAAUAGGUGGAAUAGCUUAAAUAAAAAAUGUAAGGAUAUCAAAGAAAGCAUAUGGUGCAAAACUUCGAAUUAA